UACCGUUUUACCCGUAUCGUGGUGUUUUGAAAAUCCGUGUUAAGAAAUCCAGGAAAAUGCUUCGAAUUGCUGCGAAUAAUGGUUUGGUCCGGGCAUUUUCCCUGCUGCAGAUCGCCUCCCGCACCGGGUCAGCACCCGUGUGUUACGCCAGGAAACAUUCCACACUCGUGUCCGACAUCCGGCCGGAGAUCCUGCGGCCUUCCGUUCCGGCAUUACAUAAUUCCCGGUCUACGAGUUUCUUCAACAAACUGCCGGCCGAACAGAUAUGGAAAGGAGUGAUCUCGGUCAGUAACGCCGGCAAGAAACGAGGCCGCGGCAAAGGAUCCGGUCGAAUAACGGCGAAGGAUUUGAACAAGGGACAGGUGAUUGGCAUGGGCAAAGCCAACAUCGUAUGGCCGGGCCUUUCGGCCCCCGUGGUCCGGGGACGCGAAUUGGUUCAGCAACAGCGUCUGCCGGAAGACAAGGAGCGAGAGGCCAAACUGAGACGCAUUCGCGACGAAAUGGUCAACUUCAAGCGUCUCAAACUAAGCCCACUGGAACGGGGCUGGUCGGGCUCGAAGAUGCCGGGCCGCAGCCUCGGGCCACCGGACGCGAUCGGAGAGGAUGAGUUUGUUGGAUUCGACGCCAAGUGUCUGGAGCUGAAGGCGGUCGUCAACAUGAAAGGCAAUCACGGACGUAAGCGGCGCGUUUCGGCCAUGGUCGUCACAGGGAAUGGAAACGGAUUGGCCGGAUUCGGGUUCGGAAAGGCGAUCGAGGGUCGGGCGGCCCUUCGACAGGCAAAGAACCGUGCCGGUCAGAAGCUGAUGCACAUCGAGCUGUGCAACGGAAACACGGUGUUCCACGACUUCCAUUGUCAGUUCGGUGCCACGAAACUGUUCGUCGAACGCAAACCGGAAGGCUACGGGUUAAGGUGUCACCGAGCGAUACGCACUGUGUGCGAAGUGCUCGGAAUCAAGGACCUGCGGGCAAAGUGUGAAGGGUCCACCAACGUGCAGCACGUUGUGAAGGCGUUCUUUAUCGGAUUACUGCAACAGAAGCAUCAUCAACAGAUAGCGGAAGAGAAGGGGCUGCACGUGGUGGAGUUCCGGCCGGAAACGAAGAACUUCCCAAAGGUGGUCGCAAGUCCGUCGCGGUGCCGCACCGAGGAAGAGAUUGAAAACAACGAAAUCCUCGACUUCACCCAGUACUGCAUGGGCGGUAAGAUUCAGCUGCAAAAGAAAAAGUUCCCGCCCUUCUACACCAAAUUCCGCUCGUGGGAUAUCUACAUGAAGAAGCAAGAAUAUCUGCGAAACCAGGACAAGGUGCGAAUACGGAUGCUGGCCGAGACGGGAGAGGUGCGCAGCUUUUUGACCGAAAAGUAUCCCGAAUGUCGAAUGGGUCCCGGUCGGAAGGAGGAAUAAGCCCA